CCGGACCGGGCCCGCCGGCGCCUUCCGGUGCCGCGGCUCCAUGGACGCCAACCUGCGCUUCUGGAGGGCGGAGGGGCAGUCUUUCUUCCAGAGGUUUCUCCUCUGGGCGGACGCGUUGGAUCCGCUGCUGCUCCUGAAGUCUUCCAAUGAAAUAAAAAGCACCAGGUUAUUAAUACAAACCAAUGAGAAGACCCUAAGUGAGCCCAUACAGAAUAAUCAGACCAAACAAGCCUUCGUGCUAAGUCUGUCCAGUGUACAUCCUGAUACAGACAAGAUAAUUCCUGUUUUGUUCAGACCUCCAGCUUUCAUGCCCAUAACUCUUCCCUUGGUCAUCAUUUCAUCUGUUCAGCGUGAGGCAAAGCCUUCGUUUUUUUGGCAGUUCGUGUUUCACACAUACACCACAGCAUUCACCCUGAUAAAUGGAAAUGGCACCCCAAAGGCUGAAGAAUACUCACUUCAACGAAAGCAGCUCUUUCUUGGCUUGGGAGCUGUUUCCUAUUCAGCCUGUGUUGGUGCUUUCCCUCUUAUCUCCGUGAAUCGUUACAUGUUGAAGAGCCCAUUAAUGCAAUUUGUUGUCAGAAAACUGCUACCUGCUCCUCUGUUUGGUUUGACGAGUGCAUUUACUGUGGCAAUGGUGAGAAGCCCAGAAUUUGAUAAUGGGAUAGAAGUGAUGGACAGGAAUGGCAAGGUUGUAGGAGUGUCUAAGAAGGCUGGUGAGAAGGCUGUUAUGGAAACGGCAUUGUCCAGAGCAGUCUUGUUUGGGACAACGUUCCUCCUGCCAGAAGUGCUCAUGUACUGUGUGCAGAGAGCAAGAUUUGUUAAAAAUCCUCGUGCUUUGGGUCCAGUGAGAAUGUUUGUGGUUACGUCAGUCCUAGCAGGGAUGCUGCCAGUCUCAUUUAGUAUGUUCCCGCAGUGUGGGGAGAUAAAGCGAGCAGAUCUUGAACCGGAAAUUUUGUCAUCUACAGAAGAAACAGAGUUCUUCUACAACAGGGGAAUUUAGAGCCUGGAAUUUAUAUAUAAACAUGUGAUCCAAGUGAACUCUGAAUGCACCACUGGCAUUUGUGACUGAAUUGUGAUUCCGUGGUGGCAAACAUGCCAGAUCUGGUGUACGAUGGUGUGGCCUGUCAAGAGGCAGAACUUGGCAACGUGGCUUUGCCAGCCCCAGCCUGGAGCAGAUAAACACACCCCACCUGAUGCUGAAAAGUACAGAAAAGCACUGUAACACAGCCUUUGCCACAACCUGUGUUCUCUGCUUCCUCGGGUGAUUGAUUUCUUAAUUAAACGACUGUUGAGUACGUAA